GGUAUAUCGUAUUCAACAAUGCGGAUUAACUGAAAAAAUUGAUAGAGACAUUCUUUAUGAAAAAACAAGAAUCGACUCCUUCUACGAUGAUAAGACAAUCGAUACUAAUAAUGAAGAACCUCUGAAAGUGGACGAUAUUACGGGUCUACUCUAUUUAUUACUUGCAGGAUAUUUGAUUUCUUUUGUAGUCUGGUUAGUUGCUGGAGUAGCUAUUUCGCUUUUAACUCUCAGUUUAUUUCUGCUAUUCACUUCAGAAGCAAAUAUGAAAUUUGUGAAAGCUCCAAAAUUGUUCAAAGUAUUUUGGAUUGUAGUGCGUUGUGUUCUUCGUCAAGAUAUUAGAAUAAAAUUCAUCAGAUUGAAGACAAAGUACAUGAUUUUUGGAAUUUGGAUGUUAAUGGCAUUCGUUUUGUCUUCUGGAUAUUUGGGUAUUCUUCCUUCCUUCUUGGUCUUUCCAGGGAAAGAAGUGAUUCCGCAUAAUUUUGUUGAAUUGUCCAAAGCUGUAGAAGAGGAUAAGUAUCAAAUGGAAACUAUCCAUGAUUCAGCGCCUAGUUUUUUGAUUCGUCUAACCGUAAUGUAUUUCGAUAGAACAGACAACGAACGUUAUCGUAUCGUCAUCAUAGUCGUUAUAUCGAAGGUCAAGAGCACUAUUAAAGUUAUCAAUGUUCAGAAAAGACUGAUUUACUCAUUAAAUUUAAACAAAAUGUUUGAAUUUAUACGGUCGCAUUUUCUGCAUCGUGGAUUGGAUACCUUAAGUAAUGCGUCGCACGGAUUACAAAACGUUUUAUACAAGAAAACUUGUCUGCUCGCUUCUGGAAAUGAUAUCAAACAGGAAAUUCAGGCAUUCGGCCCGGAAAAGUUCUUUGUUUCCACCGAUAAGGUAUACACCGAAUACGAGUAUCUAUGUAUGAAGAAAUCCUUUCCAUACAUAUAUGAGUUUCGAAAAACAAUAAAUAUCAUUCAUCAAUCCGGAAUUGUUGAAAAGCUACAAAAAGAUCAGGAGGAAGACAUUCGAAGGAAAAGGGAAUUUUACGAACCGGUUGAGUUGUUAUGUAAUUGUUUAGUUUUUUUAGAUGUGCAUUAUAAUAAAUUUUUAAAAUAUUUUUAUACUUUGUCUAAUGGCAAGUCUAUUCUUUUAAAUAAUUUAUUUUGUUUAUUUAUUAGGACUUAUGUUGCAUUUCGUCCUGUGAGUUGGUUAGAUACUUAUUUUGAUUUUCUUCAAAGUAAAUCAUGUUGCUUUGAGUAUCCUAACAAAACAUAUUGUCCAUCUAUUAAAGGAGAAGCCUUCUUCUGUUCUAGUUGCAGUAUUCCACGUGGAGUUCGUCCUGAUGGUGAAGAAUUUAUGGAAAAAUUACCUUAUUUCCUAGAGGAUGUUCCUCAUAAAACAUGUUCUAAAGGAGGAAAAGCACAAUUUGCGUCAUCAGUUGAAAUAAUUACAAAAGAUAAUGCAACUGAAAUUGGAGCAACCAAUUUUAUGACUUUUCAUACAAUUCUAAAGUCAUCUAAAGACUUUUAUGAAGCAUUAAGAUGGUCUCGUCAAAUUUCUGAAUGGAUGACUGAAAAACUUCAAAGAAAUAAUACUUCAACUGCUAAAGUAUUUCCUUACAGUAUUGUCCAUGUCUUUUAUGAACAAUAUUUAACAAUGUGGCCUGAUACUUUGAAAAGUCUAGGAUAUUCAGUAGCUGCUAUUUUUAUUGUCACUUUCCUAUUUUUGGGUUUGGAUUUACUUUCAGCCUUAAUUGUCAUUAUAACCAUUGUUAUGAUCAUAAUUAAUUUAAUGGGAUUAAUGUAUUGGUGGAAUAUUUCAUUAAAUGCAGUGUCUUUGGUCAAUCUUGUUGUGGGUGUCGGUAUAUCUGUUGAAUUUUGUUCUCAUUUAACACGUUGCUUUGCCAUCAGUCCAGAACCCACUCGUUCAAAACGAUCUGAAGAUGCCUUGAGACGAAUGGGAAGUUCUAUUUUAUCUGGAAUUACAUUAACAGAUUGUGGAAUUCUUGUUCUUGCUUUUGCCAAGUCCCAAAUAUUUCAAGUAUUUUAUUUUAGAAUGUAUCUUGGAAUAAUUGCUUUUGGCACAUUGCACAGUUUAAUAUUUUUACCAGUUCUUUUGAGUAUUAUUGGCCCUCCAGUAAAUAAACAGAAAAUGUAUGAUCAUAUUCAUCUAGAAGAUUUGCCAUCACAAGGAAAAAUUGAAAACACUAAUACAUCUAUGUAACUACAGCAGUACUACCAUUUGUAAGCAGUACCUGCAUUCAUCAUUUUUUUUAUCAUGUAACAUUGUGUCCAGCACUAUAGUAAACUUUCAAACAUGACCAGUAAAAUAUCUGUGACAAGUGUGUAGUUCUUGUUGCAUCAUUAUAGAAAUGUUUUUAACUCUGGUUGAAUGCCAGUUAAUGAAAAGGAGUUUAUAUUUUUUCUAAAUCAAGAAAUUUGAAUUCUGUUUUAACAUUCUGGUCAGUCAAUGCUUAGGGAUCAUUUUAUAAAGGACUCAUUAUACAGUAUUAAUUUCUUUUUGCUUUUUUUUAAUGAAAUUAAUUUUAUUUUACAUUAACUGAAAGUGUUGCUAAAGCUGGAUGAGAAGCUGAUGAUCAAUUCCUUCAACUUUAAGACUUUGUUACAUUGCUUAGUCUAUUUAAAAAUCAACACAUUUAAGAGAUAAUCAUGUUCAGUCAAUGAGAACAAAUGAUUGAUUUGUGAUCAUUUCCAUUGUUCUUGUGCAUUUAUUACAUUUAAAAAUGUCACCAGGUUUAGUCAAAGAAAUAAUUUGGAUGACUUCUACAAUGUAAUUUCUUCAACACUAUAUAGUAUAAAAGUUAAUGUUUAAUCAGAGGAACGUAGUAAAUCUGUCAAAUCAUAAAUGUAUAUGUAUAUAGUUAAGAUUUCAAGAACUUGAAAAUAAUCAAACACAUUUUUUUAUUUCCAAAACAAGGAGGAACAAUGAAUUAUUUAAAUAUUAAUCUUUUUAUUAAAAUAAAAUACUUCAAAAUGUUAAGUUAAUUAUUUGUUUACAAUAUUAUGCACCUUUGUGAUUCUGUUUAAUGAAAUAUCAUCUACUAUGUACAUAUUCACUUGCUGGAAAUUUCUUUUGAAUUUGAAAUAAAAAUUAUAAAUUAAACAUGUUAA